AUGAAGUCUCUCCGAUUCAUUAGUGCUGAAGCAUUCGUGUCAAAAGCAGAGUUUGCCAGAAGGAGUCUCAGCAGUGUUGCCCAUAAUCUUUUUCCUCUUCUUUUUAAAGCCAGUUAUUUACUGGAGCAAGGUGAUGUGAUUCAUGACUUGGUAGAGAACUGGCCACUUGUUGACUUCAACAUGGGAAAACUUUUGGGAACUACUGUGGACUACAAGGAAGACCUGAGCCAUAGAACAUGCUUAGUAUGCUUGGAAAGCUGUCUGACCGGGCUGAAAGACUAUGUGCUGAAUCAUCCUUCUCCCUACGUGAAAAGGUUGAAAGUGGUUGACCUGACGGGUAUAAAAGAUGUUGAAGUUCAGUUUUGUGAGUGUAAGAAGACAAUGGGCAGGUGGGCCAGGACACAGCUGCUCUCUAAGCUUUGUUUAGAACUGCUGCUUCACCUGCAACACACAGAGUGCAAUCCAGGUACCUUUGAAAUCAGUAUUGAUGUGCUAAUUGACUUGUUUGUUACAGAGCGGAACUAUGAGCUGGUAGUGCAGGCCCUGUUGAAGAAGUGCUAUUGUCCACUGAAGAUCUGCUGUGUGGCAUUAAGAUCUGACAACCUGGCUUUGCAGAAAUUCUUCUAUAUCAUAAAGCUCACUGAUCCUUCUUUGUUGCGCAAACUGGAAAUAGUUCACAAUGUUCGCUUGGAAAUGGAACACUUGGAAAUACUCUUCAACAGCAUGCACUUCCCUCUAUUGAUGUCCUUGACCUUGCCAGCACGAACAUUUAAUGUGCAGAGGUUCACAGCUACAGAUGAACGGAUGCUUACUAACAUUGGAGAAAAGAUGGGUGAAAUGACGCAGCUGACGGAGCUGAGCAUGCCAUUUUCUAUACUCACAGGAAGAAUACAGAAACUGCUCAGCCCACUAAAAACUCCACUGAAGAUGCUGGAUGUUUCUAACUGCUCAUUGAACCAUGCUGAUAUGGCCUAUUUAGCCAACAGCUUCCAUGCUAAUCACUUAGAAGCCCUGGACCUGAGUGGUCAUAAUAUACCUGACCUUUACCCAUCGAUAUUCUUUAAGCUUCUCAGCCGUUCCUCUUCAGUGCUCAGGAGUCUUACCUUGGAGGAUUGUAACAUCCAAGACACUCACGUCUACAUGUUGAUAUUAGGUUUAAGCCCUUGCCAGAGACUACAGGAGUUUAAGUUUCUUGGAAACCCACUGUCAUCCCAAGCACUUAAACGUCUUUUCACAUUUCUCUGUGAGCUGCCAAUGCUGAAGAAUGUGGAGUUCCCAGUUCCAAGGGACUGCUACCCUGCUGGCAUCACCUACCCAAUUGAUGAUGCCAGUCUCUGCAGAUUUGACCACCAAAAAUAUGAAAGUGUAGCAGAGGAGCUUAACCUUAUUUUACUCCAAGCAAACAGGGAGGAUAUGAAGGCUUCAACUCCGCUCUUUGGCAGUUAUGACGCAGCUGUUCAGGAGACGAACAAUGAACUGGGAGCCUACUUGAUCAAGUCCUUCAAAGAGACUUUAGAAAAGUUCACUACUUCUCUUAACAAAAUGAGUUAAAGGUGUGACACAAUGGUGAUAAGAAUGUUCUGUCAAAUCGGGAGUUAAUUUAGUCUUUUCUAGAACUGUGCCUUCAUUGAUCAGUUGAGUUUUCUUUAAUUUCUCAGCUGAAUUUACUUCUGUUUAGCCUCUGAUCAUCUGAGGUAUUUUAACUAUGCUGUAUCUAUUGCAUACACUUUGCAUAAGCGCUGCUUGCUCUCAAAAGAGGGGAGGACACUUAACAGCUUAUUAUUUUACACAAAAGGAGUUUGUUUCUCAGUAAGACAAUAGGUGUCUAAGCCUCGCCGAUUUCUUACACGGUUUCCUCUGGAUUUGGCAGUGAGGCUUGCAGCCCUACAGAAAAGACAGGAAAGUCCUUUCCCAAGUCCAGCAAGAUGUCCCACAGAUUGCAUGCUUAUCCUCAUUUAUGACUCCCUAAAACAAUUUUUGUUUUUGCCUUUGGCCUUCUGAAUUCACCGGACUGUGUUUUAUCCAGUACAUUCCCAAUAGUGGGGAUGUUUACGUGUCCCUGUGCCUAUCUUUCCUCUGCAGAAGCAAGAACGAUAAACAUCCUUUUGCAUGGGGAAUUAAGGAGUCUUUUUAAUACAUUGUGCUGGUGAGGAGUAAAGUUCCAUACCGAGAAGGCAGAAAAUCAAAUUGUUGACUGGCAGGGGAUUUCUCUCCACUUCCCCCAGCAAUACCAAGCAGCCUAUGAGGACUCUGCUGAAGCUCUUGCCAAGCGUAUUUUACAAAGGUGUACCAGGACAGAGCUGCACAGCCAUGCUUGCACUGUCAGUAGCAAAGUGCCUCAAGCUGUUCCCUUUGUUGAAUCAGCUUCUGGGCUGGUAGAAUGUACCCUGCUGCUUUCAGCUGCUUUGAGAAAGUCUGGGACAGUGGUAAUGAUGAAAAAAAGACUAGUGUUGAAAACACGCAUAGAAAAAUGAAUCCAAUGCCAACUUCAAAGAUGUGGAAAAGGGACAAAGCCGGCUGCUGAGCAACUAGAAGUUCAUCUACAUAAAAUACUGCCUCCUUUUGCACAGACUGUGUAUUAUUCUGCCACAGAAUUAGAACCAGUGUCUGGAAGCGUUUAUUUGGCAAGCUCCAGUGCAAGAAAUGUGUGUGAUGGAGUAAACAGAAUCCCAGACUAAGCCACACACUGUGUUGGAACAUGAGUAAAGGGGCCAGCCGCGUGUCAGGAUGCAGCAGUAGGGCCACAAAACAAAUUUGGGGAGACUACUAUAAUGUGGGAGCAAUCCCUGGGCAGUAGGUAAGUGUCAUAGCCUACUCAGCUUCUCACCUGUAAUAUUGUGAACAGACCAAAGAGAACAAUAUUAAUGAAUCUUACCCAUUGUCAGCCGAUCUGAGACCUCUCCUAAUAGCCUCUGUCAACUCUACCAGAGCCCAAACUGCUUUAAUGUAGAACUAGAGACUUGGUUAGCUUCUAGGUUAUCUGGAGGGAAAAAAAAAAAGAAAAGAUGCUCAGGUUAAUGCUCAGCACUCUGCCUUAAAUAUACUUCAACAGUUCAUGGAAACUUGAUUAAACAGCACUGAAAGUCAAUGUUGUAGCAGGAGCUGAGGUAUCAUUGUAGUAUUAAAGAUACAGUAUUAAGGUAACAAAGGCAAUUUACUUGAAAUAAUGCUGAAUCCAUCAUAUGAAUAUGCAAGCAGCUACUAACCUAGUUUACAAAAAACAAAUAAAUAUCAAUGGGCUGAGUACUAAGCAGAGCUUACAGGUUCCACAGCAUGCAUUUAAAUGAUUUUUUGAUGUCUUAAGUUCUUAUGUUCUUCCUUCUAGUAUGUUUUCUUGAUUAAACAUAUGAUGGUA